AUGGAGUUUACCACCCGCUUUGGGCUGCAUUCCCAAGCAACCCGACUCCGAGAAGACCCGGUCCCGGCGCGCCGGGGGCCGCCACCGGCCUCACACCGUCCGCGGGCUGUGCCUCGAUCAGAAGGACUUGGGCCCCCCGCCGGGGCGCCGCCGGGGGGGGGGGCUUCCGGGGGCUCGCGCGGUCCACCGCCGGCGCGGUCGGAUCGCCCGGCCGCCCCCUCCGAGGGAGGCGCGGCGCCACGCCGAGACCAUCCCGGACGCCGCCCCCUUCACCGCGAGGGCCCACGGGGAAACGUCCGAACACGGGCCGCGGCCGGCCGGCGGGCCAGGACGCACCACGCCGCGCACGGGCAUGCGACGGUAACACCGCAGACAGCCGCGCGGAGCGGGCGCGCCCGACUGACCGACCGGCCGGCCGCACACCUCGCGUGCGACGCCGGAGCCGACUCGGAGACGGGGCCCCGCGCUGCGCUGGGCCGUCGGCCGCCUCCCGCAGAGGGAGGGGCCGCGCCACGGGCGAACGCGCUGGGCGCCCCGGACGGGAGCGACGCACGCGGGCGGAACGGACGACCUUCUCGCCCGCCGCCACCGGGCGGGAGCGGGCAGGCCGGCGGUACGGGACGGACGCCGUCGGGGUCUGGACUUGGGGACGGAGGCCCGAGGCCCGCGAACCCCAGCCGCGCCGGAGGCGGCCUCGCCGCCCGCCGGGACUCGACGCCGAUCCCGCGCCGCGAGGGAGGCGCCCGGAACCCGGGCGGAGGCGGGGUCGCACUCGCAGCGAUUGAACCGUCGACCGGGCGCUCGGCUCGGCCCGGGACCCCUCCGCUCGGGGGGCCCCACCGCCGCUGGGGGGGGAACGCGGAGAGUCGAGGCGGAGCCCCCCGGCCCCCGGCCUCGCCCGGCGAGGCAGCUCGAGGCUUUGAACCGCCGCCGACCCCGGGCGGGGAACGGCGUCUCGGGUACCCGGCCCACGUGUUUGGGGAGGGAAACUGGCGGCGCGGAAAGAGGCCGACCCUCCGGCGCGGCGACCGCGACGCCGCCGGCCCCGGCCUCGGCCGGGCGGCGCGCCGGCCGCGCACGGAAGGGGACGCCCGGAGCUGGAAAACGGCCGCGGCGGCAGCCCGCCCCUCCUGCCCAUCGGGCCUGCGGAAGUUUCCCUCCGAUCGGUCCGACGCACCCGAGGGGGAGAGGAGCGGGAGCCGGGCCGGUCCGCCGGGUCCGGCACUCGGUCACGAAGGCGGAAGGAAGGAAGGACGAGCGGACGAAGCGAGACAGGGGCGACGCGCUCGGCCGCCGGGCGGAGGCCGCGGAGGAGGAGAGGACCCCGGAGCGGGUGGCGCGGGGGCUCGCGACGAGGAGACCCCGUCGAGCCCCGCCCGGGCAGCUCGGGUCACGGCCCAGCCAACGACGGCGGGGGAAGCCCUGGUCGCGGCGCCGGAGGACGCGCGUCACCGCCCCCUCGGACCGCGCAGCGGCGACCGGCACGGAGGCCCGGCCCGCCCGGACGGCCCGGCCCGCGCCCCCCCUUCCCUCCCCGGUGAGAGGGAGGGCGGGGAACGCGCACCGGCACCGCCUCGGACGUCCGGGGCACGGCGCCAUCCGGUCCCGCACGCGCCGCAGGUAGGACGGAGGGCGCGCGGCCCGGCACCGCGAGCGGCGUCCCCGGCCCGAAACCCCCCCGGGGGGGGAGAGUCAGACGGGACGGCCCGCCGCGGGCCCCGGCCUCCCCUCGGCGUCUCUCGCUCGCUCGUGGCGCCCUCGCGCGCGCGAACGGCCGUCGCGCGCCCCUCGCCUCUUGACAACGUCGCUCGCCCUUUUCUUCCUUCGCGUCUCGCGCCGGGCGGCCGCGAAGCGGACGCGGCGUGCCGUGCCCGCCGGGCGCCGACCGGGCGGACCGAUCCCACACCACCCCGGCCGCUCCCGGGCCCGGCGACGACGAGGUCGACCGCCGUCCGUAGGAGCGAGCGGGCGGAGGGAGCGAGGGCCCCCCCGGGCCUGGCUUUCUUUCCCCCUGCGCUCCCUCUCUGGGACGAGAGGGGGGCGGCGGGCGGCCGCGAGCCCGCCCGCCCGCCGCCGCGGGUGGCCGACGGCCGGCCCCGGGCGCUCGCCCGCGAGGCCGUGCCGCGGCGCGGGAAGGCAGCGUCGGCGUCGGGACCCCGCGCGCGGGCGUCUCCCCGGCCGGGUCCGGAUCAACCAGGUAGCCGCCUGCUGCGCGGGGAUCGGAGCCGGCGAAGGAGCGGGCCGGCGACGGCGGGAGCCGAACGCCGGCGUGGGCCGGCUGGUGGCCCCCCCGCCUCGCGGCGGGGCCGGAGCGGGGACCGCGGGCUCGCGGCGGUCGGGCCGGAGCGGAAGGCCUCGGAGGCCUCCCCGCUGGCCCUCGGGAGGUCUCUCUGGGGACGGUCGGCCCGAGUCACGCUAGAGAAAAGUCGGCACCUCGGAGGGGCGGGCGAACGCCGGGGUCGGAGCCGCGGCCGGGAGGCCGGGCGCCCGGCGACGCGCGAAGGCCCGCGGAGGAGGACGGCUUCACCCCGCGCCCCGACGGCGCGGGGCCGACGGCACGCCGCGCCCGAGCGGGAGGAGGCGGGCUCGGACCCACCGGGUGGAGGAUCCGGGCCCGCGAAGCGACGCCGAGUCGGUCGCCGAGGCGGGAGGCGUCCGCCCGCCUGA